AUCGAGACGGUGACCCAGUUCAGACCCUGCAGACCAGACCAGGAGGACCGCCUGCUGACUGACUGACUGAGCAUAGCAUGAAAAUCAGUGAAAUACUGAUGAUGAAACUACAACUGGUGUUUCCAGCUUACUCACAUUCCAGUUGUGUGUUUCCUCCCCCGGUGUGAGACAGCAGAGAGAGACAAAAUGUGUGUGUGAGAGAGAGGAAGAGAGAGAGAGAGAGAGAGAGGAAGGAAGAGGGAGGGAUUGAAAGAGGAAAGUGGAUAUAGGAGCUGCUGGAGUUUUUAGUUUUCUGAGCAUCUGGAUAUCUGACUGGAGAGAAGAAGAGUUUGGAUGUAUGGAAAAUUACCUGAAAGAAGAGGAACACACCGAAAAAGAUCAGUAGAAGAAGAGUGGAGGACCGGGAAGAGGGACAACUAAACACAAGAAAGUUAUUUUUCUAACGGGACGAGGAGGACUGAGCAGCAGGCAUGUUGCCGGUGAUCCUGACGGUUUACCUCAAUGACACCCAGCAGAUGCUAACUGAGGUCCCGGUUACUCCGGCAACCAGAGUGGUUGACGUUGUAGAGUACUGCAAAGAAGCCGGCGAAGGGGAAUGUCACCUAGCUGAAGUAUGGAAUGGGCAUGAGCGCGUUCUCCCUCAGGAGGUGUUAUUGUUGGAUCUUCUCCAGCAGUGGGGAGCCAGGAGGCCGGAGGUCAGCUUCUACCUCAGACACUGCCCCUCCUGGACACAAGGAAGUCCGCAGCCUUUGGAGCAGAGCUGGACCACGGAAGCAACAGAGAGCGAUAAUGACAGGGUUCCCCGUGUGGAGCUGACCCUCUCUGAGCUCCAGGAAAUGGCCACAAGACAACAGCAACAAAUAGAGGCUCAGCAACAGAUGUUGGUCGCCAAGGAGCAGAGACUGAGGUACCUUCACCAGGGAGGCAGAUCUAACCAGGGACAGACACAGUCUGAAGCUGAGAAGCUGCAGCGGCUGAAGGAGCGAGUGGACACUCAGGAGGCAAAGCUGAAAAAGAUCCGAGCCAUGAGAGGACAAGUCGACUACAGCAAACUGAUCAACGGAAACCUCUCUGCAGAGAUCGACCAUGUCAGCAGCUUGUUUCAGGAGAAGCAGGCCGAGCUGCAGUCUGCCGUGGUCAGAGUCGACCAGUUGACCCAGCAGCUGGACGACUUGAGGAGAGGACGCCUUCAGCUACACUCCGUUGCGCCAGCUCAGGGGACACACAUCGGGUCCCAGGGUGCACCCGCUGGCCAGAAAGGAUCACCCCUGUCUGGGCCCGCAGCCCUGGAACUGAGGAAACUCUACCAGGAGCUGCAGGCUCGUAACCGUCAUAACCUGGAGCAGAGCAGCAAGUUGGCCCAGAACAAGGAGCUGCUGAACAAGAGGAACGCCCAGGUGACGGUGAUGGAUCAACGCAUCGGAGAUCUGAGAGACCGGCUGCAUAAGAAGAGAGCAGAACUGACUCGUAUGAACGGAGGAGGAGUUCUGUCCUCGCCUCAGACCUCUUCCCACCCAGGAGGUGGAGUUUCAGGGCGAGUAGCGGCUGUCUGCCCCUACAUCCAGGUUCCAGCGGAGGGAAGACAGGAGGCGGGGUACAACCUGCCACCCGACCCACCGCCCAAACCCAAACCGCUCAGCCACAUCCGCUCACUCUCAGAGGAGGACAGGACUGGCAUCAGGAAGCCUCCCAGCCAAUGGAAAGUGUCAGAUUUAGACAUCGUCCUGUCAGAGCCCACUGAGACGUGGGAGGGACCUCGGUCCCCUCAGGGGGGCGAUAGUGACAACACUAAUGAAGCGUCGUGGCCUAGCAUCACCAAGAGUGUGUCAGAUUGGAGGACCAACAGUCCAGAACAGCUUCCCUCUGGUUAUGGUACCUACCCCAGUGCCACCCACCAGGCGGCAGGGCAUCACUGUGCCACCAGCUCCCUGCCCCGUUCUGCCCCCGGUACACUGGGCUGGCCCCGAUCCAGUGCUGCAAAUGCCACCUCGUCCUCCUCUUCAUCGUCUUCCGCUUCACAACAAAUACAGCAACGGAUCUCCGUCCCUCCAAAUUCAAGUCAAGGCUCCACCUCCCAGCCAUCUCCCUUGUCCCCACAAACAGAGCGAACAGAUCCCCCUCCGGCGGUGGCUGUACGCCCCUACGUCCCGGACCACCCCUCCAGGCCCCAGUCCCCCAGGAAGGGCCCCGCCACCAUGAACAGCAGCUCCAUCUACAGCAUGUACCUCCAGCAGCCGCAGGCCAAAAACUACGGAUCCCUCAGCAACAGGACUACUGUCAAAGCAGUCUAUGGCAAACCCAUCCUCCCCACCUCCUCCACCUCUCCGUCCCCUGUCCCUUUUCUCCAGGGAGGAGGAGGAGGAGGAGGAGCAGUAAGGGCAGGAGGAGAGGAUGUUACAGAUAAAGAAGGAGGGAAAGGAGGAGGAGGCGAGAGCAGCGAUGGGCAAAUCCUCCCACCACCCACCGUGGACAACAUCCCUCGUCCCCUUAGUCCCACUAAGCUCACCCCAGUUGCCCACUCCCAGCUACGUUACCAGAGCGAUGCCGACCUGGAGGUUCUCCGCCGACGCCUCAGCAACGCUCCACGACCCCUGAAGAAGCGGAGCUCAAUCACAGAGCCCGAGGGCCCACAGGGGCCAAACAUCCAAAAACUACUGUACCAGAGGUUCAACACGUUGGCAGGAGGCAUGGAAGGAGUCUCAGGCAAUACUUUCUACCAACCCGACUGCCUUUUGGGUGAAAUGGACAACAUCCAUUCAGCAAACGGGAAUGCAGAACCUGGCGACAAGCACGUCAGCACGGCAACCGUGGAGGGCGAAGUUCAAAACCUCAACUCGGGCUCCCGCCGCUUGUCCCCUCCUUCCGUUGCCGUAGAAACACCCAAAGAAACGACAGCAAAGGUAGAAACUACCAAUAAUGUGUCUCCGCCGACCCGAACCAGCCCGCCCCCUGCACCCGAUAGGCCAGAGGACCAGAACAAUAACAACAAGAGAGGAUGUAGUCCUGCACACAACUCUGUAGGCCACGCCUCUCCCUCGCCAUCACCUCCUGCCCCCCCAUCACUGCCUAAGGUGAAGAGAACCAACCUGAAGAAGCCGUCGUCGGAGCGAACAGGCCACGGUCUGAGAGUGAAGUUUAACCCUCUGGCUCUGCUGCUGGACGCGUCGCUGGAGGGAGAGUUUGAUCUGGUGCAGAGGAUUAUAUAUGAGGUGGAAAAUCCCAGCAUGCCCAAUGACGAAGGCAUAACUCCUCUCCAUAAUGCCGUGUGCGCCGGCCACCACCACAUUGUGAAGUUCCUGCUGGACUUCGGAGUCAAUGUGAACGCGGCCGACAGUGACGGAUGGACUCCUCUGCACUGCGCUGCUUCAUGUAACAGCGUCCACCUCUGUAAGAUGCUGGUGGAGUCGGGGGCCGCCAUUUUCGCCACGACGAUUAGCGACGUGGAAACCGCGGCGGACAAAUGUGAAGAAAUGGAGGAGGGCUAUACGCAGUGUUCUCAGUUCCUCUACGGUGUCCAAGAAAAGUUGGGUGUGAUGAACAAAGGCUUGGUCUACACUCUGUGGGAUUACACGGGCCAGCAAGCCGACGAGAUGUCCUUCAGCGAGGGCGACGCCCUCACCGUGCUGCGUCGGCGUGACGACACUGAGACAGAGUGGUGGUGGGCACGGCUCAACGACCGCGAGGGAUACGUGCCUAGGAACCUACUGGGGCUGUAUCCAAGGAUCAAACCCAGACAACGCUCGCUGGCGUAAAGCCCAGAUCAGGAGCCAUGUGCACGCUCGCAGAGGGCGCAUGCACCCGGAGAAGGAGAGGAGCAGCAGCAGCAGCAUGUGGGCGGAAGUAUUAGCCGAAAAAAAAAAAAAUAAAGAACAAAGGAUGGAGGUAGAAAGAAAGAGACAAACAAAGCUGGAGCUCACAACUCUAAUGAAGCAACUUUUUUCCUGUUUGUUUGGAUGUGAUGCUGGAAAACCACAGAGCCACUUUAUGCUAGAGUCCUAAUAUAUUUUCACCGAGUUGCUGCAGCUAAAAGGAAAUUGCCUGAAUCUUAUUUUGAGCAACAGUAGCUUGGCAAACUUCAGUUCAGCCGCAUGAGAGAAGCUGAAUAGAAGAAAAAAAAAAUCAUUUGGAUGCAGCUUUGAGCUCAAAAACAUGAACACAUGAGCUUGGAUUCACGAGGCUCUAUCUGACAUUCAUCCAAAUAAUCCCCAUCUCUUGAAUGCCACUUUAUUUUUGUAUGGUGUUAAUUUAAUAAUAAUAAUAAAAACACCCAGAUGGAUCUUCGUAAAGCCAAGCUCAUCGACUGCACAGCAAUGAACAGAGUAUGUUGUCUGAAAACACGUUCACACUGUGUGGUGAGAAGAUUUAAAUGCAGUAAAUGUACAGGCUAGAUCAGGUGAAAGUGUGUGUGAGAUGUGAAGUUGGGAGAGAGGAGGGAAAGUGAGAGAAGGGAACAGAUGAAUGUGUGUUAAAGGAAGUCAGGGUUUUGUCAAGUUAUGUAGAUGGAGCAGCUAUUAGCAGGAAUAACGUUUGAAGUGCAACCACAAGACUAACAGAAUCCAGCAAGCUUUUGAUGCAUGGUGGCUGAGGUCCACAUCAACCCACAUGAGCAACAGAUGUUGACAAUAUAAUAUUAUGGCAUGGUUAAAAAAAAAAAGAAAAAAUUGUUUGAACUGAUUUCAGAAGAAUAUUUCAAAUCUGAUUUCACAAAAUGAUAAAAAGAAGCAUCUGUGAUUAAUUACAGAUGUCUCAACCUUUUACUAUUCUGCAUUUCUGUUGACUCAGCACUGGCGCAUGCGGUCAUAUCAACAUCUGUUCAACUGCAAAAUGGUUGCUGCUGGUUAGAGAGAGGAGGAGGAAAGAAGGAAAACAAGAAUGUGUUUGUAUAAUUUGAUUGAUUUUGUGAAACCAAAGCAGCUACAACAUGGAAACGAGGAGGAGGAGGAAUUAAAGUGACAAUAUUCUCCUCAUUUUUUAAUAUAACUUCUGCCAGUUUGUAUCCGUUAACACACAAUAUCUAGUCCAGACUAGGGCCUGGCACAUAUUGGUCCUCAUACUGGGGAAAUACUGAUACCAGGCUCUAACACUGACAAUAUUACAAAGCAGUGUUUCCCAUCUACCAAGAUGAAGAUUGCAAAUAUAAUCGUAUACAUUAUCCCCGGGAUAACUGCUAUAGUGUUCAAAUGGGGCUAAAUCAGCCCAGAGUGAAUGAACAAUCUAAAGUGUGAAAACAACUUGACUUUCUCAAGUUCUUUUUUUUUUUUUUUUUCAUAUUUACAUAUUUUAGUAGUUGUAUGAAAUGUAUUAUUCCCCUGUUUUGUUGUUUUAUUUAAACAAUUGUUUUUCUAUUGUUGUUAUUAUUAUUAUUAUUAGACAUCUUUAUGUGUCAGUGCUGGCGCCACUCACUGCUGCCACCCAGUGUACAGAAGAGGUUCUGACACAAAGCGUCAUUUCCUUGAACAUGCUGUGUAAAAUAAUGAGGCAAUAAGUGGAGUGAUGUUUGAUGUGAGAAUGGCACAUUGGUGUGAGGAGCGCGAACCAUUUAUUCUGUGUAUAUGCAACCUGUAACUAAACAGCUAAUGUAUCAUAAUAAUAAAGAAAUUAUAAUCCCUA